CUAGUUUACAGGUGUUCAUAAUACGCCAUGAAAAAGAAUCAAAAUACAAAUGUCAUGUGUCUUUUUUUUUUUAUUUUACCGAUAAAUGGUGUCAUUUUCAAAAAUGGUACCGUUGUACAGAAAAUGACAAAGUUUAUACGUUUCUCCGUGCUACAUCAGUGAAUGUCUGUACCCUUCUACAGCUUUGGUUGGCGCAGGGCGCUCAGACACGCUCGGAAAGUAAGCAAUAAUGCGACUGGUGUGCUCAGCGCAGAAGCGGCACGUGAGGAAAUGCUGCCACGGACACAUGCUCGCAUACAGGAUAUAGAUAGAACGUAUAUGCAUUUUCUUAUACACAUGGCACAGUCAAUCGCGUGGUUUCGUGCAGUGUGAACCUGCGCACACAUUCGUGGUAUCACGGACGCUUGCAAAGCGCAGGAUCGACGACGCCGUUGGCGGGAUCAGCUUGGCUCGGAUUGGCGAGAAAGAGCGUUCUUGGCUCUCCGUUGGUGGGGCGACACGGGGAAAGGCGGAGCCAAUCGUCGACAUAGCGACGCAACAUGGCCUCUAGUUCGCGAGGGGCCGUGUUCGCGUGCACGUCGAGCACGUACGCGUACGGACUUUCCCCCGGCGGACCGACAGAUGUCGCCCUGACCAUCUUUGAAUCGUCAAGCUCGACGUGACAAUUGGUCCUACAAGGAAAAAAGAAAACCAAGAAGAAACCUGUUUUAUUACAAAAAAAAAAAAAAGAUAAAAAGUGAUCGAAUAUCAAUACGGUCAAAAGCAAUCGUGAGAGUAAGUUGAAACGAAAAAUUCAGUGCACACGAUAUAUCGAGUUUUAGAUGAUAACCAAGAGCGAUGAUAACCAAUUCGUCACAUUUUGAAGCAUCGAGACUCUCCUUGGAUAUUGUGAAAUCCUUCUACUUGCCGAAGAAGCCAGCUCCUGCCAACUGAUUAUCACUUUGCAACGUAUAUUACAGGUGCGAGUUCACCUGAUGACAGUACAACCGUUGCUCCCAAUAACCCAUGCUCUCCGGCUGAAACAAGCGCAGCAGCGCCGUCCAACGAGCAACAGGAACAGGAGCAACAACGGCAGCAGCAGCAGCUUUACCAACAUCACCAUUCUCAGUUUCAACAGCAACGUACAACCGGAAGUGCGUCAACCGCUGCACCACACGUUGCUGAGGAUAGUGGAGCCCCCUGUGAGAUGCGGAGGACACCACCGCAAAAUAAAGUCGAUAGAUCGGGAACCGGGCAGUCUGGAAGCUCGCCGAGGGUGACGCUUCGGCUCAACCAGGUGCGAGGGGCGAGGGAUGAAAAGAAAGGAGGGGGCGCUACUAACUCCCGUCAGGGUGGCAUGAACGCACAGAAUCAAAGUCAAAUGGAAACUUCGUCUAAGGCGUCGUCAAACGUCUCAGCGGUGACCGCGAAUGCCGCCUCGGGCUCGAGUACUUCUGGGAACACAUCAUCGUCCGCCGCCGACAGUGGCGACGUCUAUGAGUUCAAAAGUUCGAAGGAGCCGACACCGGUAAGAGGUUCGAGUUCCUCGCCGAACCCAAAUCUUGAAAAAGAUAAAGAUGGCAGCAAGUCUUCUGGCGGUCAAGGUGGCCCAAGCGGUGGUAACAAUACGUCCGCCGCCGGUAGUUCGACAUCUUCUGGCGAAAUAACAACGACGUCGGUCGCCACCGACGAUGCACCCACAAUUUCGGCUUCACCUUCGUCUAAACGUGCCUUCGAGAGCGAUAAUACCGACGAGCAGGAUGAAGAAAAUCGUCGGAAAAAACGGAAGGAUUCGGAGCCUACGAAAGAGAAUUCCAAAGGUGCAACAACCGGAAGGCAAAGUACCGGCAGGAAUGCUGCUAAUACGGGAGAAAAAUGUGCGAAAUCGGGUAAACAAGGAUCUGGCACGGCCUCUGGUAAAAAUAAUCAAAAUACAACUUCAAGCAAUGCCGAUAGGAAAAGUCCAAGCACUUCUUCGAUGGCAAGCAGUCCGAAACCUUCGAAUCCCUCUGGUUCAGCGACUAGUACCAAAACAACAACACCAGCACCUCCUGAAUCCGAUGGCGAAGAUGAUCGAUCAAAAGGUUCGGAUUCUAAUUCAGCUCCUAAAGUGCCACCUUUGAAAAUAGUUAUUCCACAAAGUACUACAUCGGAGCAAGAACAAGGUAAUAGAAAUGGGAAAAGCACGUCGAACAGAAGUCAUCAGCUACCCUACGUAGUGGCAAGUUCGAACAGCAAUGAUUCAACGGAUAAGGAUCAAAGUCAGUCUGCCAGUGGUACGACGAGCCCUACAGAAAGUGGAAAUAGUACUAAAAGCGAGGACAAGAAAGAUUUCAGCGGUGCUUUACACGGAGAAGAGAGAUCGACGCAUCAUCAAAGAGUACUCAGAAGCUCGCAUAGAUCUGGUAAUGGCGGUAAUGGCUCAGCAACGUUGAAGGAAACAUCUGCCUCUGCUGGUAACGGAAACUAUUCGAACUCGUCUCCGCUACCAGCAGCUGCCUCGACGGAUCGUUCGAAUAACUCGUCGCCGCAACAACGGCAUCAUUCGCCUACGCCUGAAACGACUGGUUCCGAAUCUAAUAAAACUAGUUCGACGGAAGCUGCGAGUAACAGCACCACUUCGAAGACGAAUGUUAUUGUGGAAAAAUCGGAAAAAAAUACCGAAGCCAGUGGCAAAAGCCAGAAAGAUAACGGCACAGAGAAUUCAGAAAGCGCCUCUGCAAGUACCUCAUCAACUACGUCAAACGUAGGUACCCCAGCACCACCUGUCGAGCUGCAUCCCAGGAAAAGAAAAAUGAAACCUAAUAAAGAAGCACAAGCUGCUACGGCUGCUUCUAACGAAGCAUCUGAAGCAACUAAUACGGGUCCAGAAGUACAUCCACACGAUCAACCCAUCACUAAUUGUUAUCAAUUAUUCCUCAAUAUUAGAAAACAGAUUGAACGAAGAAGAAAGGGCCUUUUUCCAGUUCAACCAAAGCCACCUCAGGGAUUCAAGGACUAUUUAAUGAAUCGUUGUACAUACGUUUUAGCCGGAAAUGCGAAUAAAGAACCGAACGUUAAUCCACCGGUUGGAUUGCAAGGCGCUAUGAAGGAUUUGUACGUUGAACAAGAAAAGGAGAGAUACCGUCUCAGAAUGCAGCACGUUGUUGAAAAAGAGAAAUUAGUUUUAUCGGUGGAACAGGAAAUUCUUAGAGUACACGGUAGAGCUGCUAGGGCUCUUGCUAAUCAAGCCUUACCUUUUUCUGUAUGUACCAUAUUAAAGGACGAAGAAGUUUAUAAUGUUAUUACUCCGGAACAAGAAGAAAAAGACAGAAAUGCGAGGAGUCGAUACAACGGCAGAUUGUUUCUGAGUUGGUUGCAAGAUGUCGAUGACAAAUGGGAAAAGAUCAAGGAAGCAAUGUUGCUCAGACAUCAUAAUGAGGCUGAAUCGUUGCAUGCUGUGCAGAGAAUGGAUUGGGAAUGGAAACUGAAGGAAGUUGGACUAUGUGAAUUUAAAGCAACACCUCAGAUAGAAGACAUUCAUGUUCCAAUGGUACAUGUUUCGGACGACUUUGACUUGCUCCCAGCUUAGUGUACAGUGAUUAUACAGUUGACUUGGUAACUCUUUUGCUCAUACCUUUGAAAUUAUUUCGAAGGUGUGUUCACUAUAAUCUGUGAUCUCUCUAACAACGUAUCCGCCAAUCUUUUACGAUUACUCGAUUAUUUUGUAUCAGUUCUGAAAAUACUAUCACACCUGGAAGAGAUUGUUUAGGAAACAAUUUGACUUCCUAAUUGGAUUACUUUAUCGUGUUUAUACUAUUUUUGGCUCUUCAAAAUUGUUCAUAGCCUAAUUUAUUCCCAAAUUGUGUAUUUGAAAUAAUGAAGAAGUAAAGUUACAAAUGUUGACUAGAGAUUUGUAAUACUUCUUACAAAGAUAAUAAUUAGGAGUACAAAUCUCAUCCGUGUUAAUAAUUUGAUACUGUAUUUUGCAGUACUCAAUGUCUAUAUGAUAAUGUAUUGUAUAUAUUUUGUACCUAGACCCUUGUAAUAGACUUUUAGACAAUGUAUAAAAAUUUUAGAUUAAGAAGUUAUGUAAUAAAUGAAACUGCUUCAAACUU